AUGGUCGAAAUACAAAAGCCACAUUCGGCUCUUAAGAGGCCAUCGCUAAAACGCGAAACGGUUGUGGUUAACAAUAGUGCACCCACCAUUAAGAAGGUGACUCUCGUGCCCAAGGAUGAGGAACUGGUCGCCAUAUCGCCGGAACGUCGCAAUUGGCGUGGCAUAUUCAUAGCCCUGCUGGUAAUCGCCGCCGUCUUUAGCUUGAUAAUAUUCUCCAUAUUUCUGCUAUCGCCCGAGGAUGAGGGACUGCGAAUCCGGGGACGACGAAUGCUGCCCAGCGACAUUCUGAGCAAAAGUUUGCAAUGGAAGCCGUUCAACGGCACCUGGAGCAAUGAUCACGAAUUAGUUUAUCGUGAUCCGACGGGCGGCCUAUCAAUACUCAAUAUGGCCGACUAUACAACGCGCAUUCUUAUGACGAAUUCCACAUUUCGCCAACUGAAUGCCGAAUCGUUUCUGGUGGCGCCGGAUCAAAAGUACGUCCUGCUGCAGUCAGACAGCAAUGCGGAGGGAUCGAGACACCAUGUCUAUGAGGUGCAAACGGCCAACACAUUUCCUUUGGGACCAACGGAAAAUAUUGCCGAAGCGCCGCGUCUGCAACAUGUCGUAUGGGCGCCCAUUAAUCCUCCGCCUGCCCCUUUAACGGGUGGCCAGGCACCGUCAACAACCACCAUGACGCCGUUGCCCAGUGGCAGCAUUAUACUCAACAGUCUGGCUGGGGCGGCGGCGGGGGGAGCGGGUAAGGGGACGCCGACGGAUGCCACAACUGGAAGCGGUCAGAUUAAUGGUGGCAAUGGUGGCGCCUCAAAGUCGCCCUAUUCUCUCAAUCAGGCCAUCGCAUUUGUGCAUCACAACGAUAUCUAUUACAAGCCAAAAGUGCAGGGUGAACUCGUCUGUCGCAUUACACAGACGGGCGCGGCGGGCGUAUUCUACAAUGGUGUUCCCGAUUGGACGUAUGAGAAUGUCCCGGAGCUGGAGAGUCAAGGCAACAGCAUUGUCUUCUCGCCGGACAGUCACUUUCUGGCAUUCCUCAGCUUCAACGACAGCGAGGUCAAUGAGUACAAAUACACAUGGAUGGGCGAUGACAUCAAGUAUCCGUCGGUGCUGAGCCAACGCUAUCCAAAGGCAGGAGCCCGUAAUCCCAAUGUGACGGUGAAUGUGGUGAAUCUAUCGGUGACGAAAUACAUGUUCCCCAUCCAGAUCAAAUUGCCCUCGGAACUGGGCAAUGGCAGCUAUGUGGGUGGAUUGACCUGGGCGUCACCCAUAGAUCUGUCGGUGACGGUCACGAAUCGGGAUCAGACAAAGGCCACCACUGUGAUCUGUCGUGCACCACACUUUCACUGCCAGGUGGUACACACGGAGGUGACCAUCAAUGAUGGCUGGGUGCUGCCAGCCGAGCGGCCAAUCUUCUCGGCUCGCAUUGCGGCACAGUUGCGUGCCGCGGGACUUCGACAGUUCCAUGAGAGUGGUGACAGCGGUAGCGAGAAUCAGGCGAAUGUGACAAAUGGACAAACCACAUAUGAGAUAUCCAAUGGUGGCUAUCUAUUGAAGCGUCUGCCAGUGCGAGAUGGUGAGCAUGGACACUAUCGUCAUGUGGUGUUCAUCUCAUCGCUGGAUCGUCGACCCGUGCCGCUGACAAUGGGUCGCUUUGAGGUGACCGAAAUUGUGGGUUGGGAUGAAUCGCAUGAGAUUGUUUACUUUAUGGCUGCUCCUGAGAAGCGGCCGGGUGAGCGUCACCUCUACAAGAUCAGCCUUAAACUAAACGUCACCGAAUCCAAUCGCACCUACAUCACAUCGACGCAACCCACUUGCCUCACCUGCGACAAUACCGAGUCCACCUAUCGCCUCCAUCGUGCACGCAGCACAAAUGCCGCCGAUUGGCAACGCGGCGAAAGAUGGGAGGAUAUUGUUGCUCGCCUGGAGCCCGAUGAUUGCAUCUACGAUAUACCCAAAAACUGUCUAUACAAUCGUGUACAGUUCAGUCGCGAUUAUAGCUACUAUGUGCAGGAAUGUCUCGGUCCCGAAGCACCCAGUGUCUAUCUGGUUGAGACGUCCAGCAACGACAAGAUCUAUGUGCUCAAUGCGGGAGACGUACUGCGUCAUCGUCUCUCCCAACUGGCCAUACCGCAGAUGCGUACGUUUAGUGUUGAAAUACGACACGGCUUCCAUGCCCAGGUGAGGCUCUUUCUGCCACCUGGCAUGCGUGAGGAGGAGGAGGUCGCCUUUCCAUUGGUGCUCCAUGUCGACGCCUCGCCAGGAUCUCAGCUGGUCACGGAACGCUUCCAGGUCGAUUGGAACUGGUAUCUGUGCAGCCAGCGCAGCUUCAUAGUCGCCCAGAUCGAUGGACGCGGCAGUGGCUAUCAGGGUGAACUUCUACGUACCCAGGUACAUGGCAAACUGGGCACCGUCGAGGUCGAGGAUCAGUUGGGAGUGCUCACCUACUUGAGGGACAACCUCAAAUUCAUUGAUCCCCUGCGCAUCUGCGCCUUUGGCUGGGGUUACGGCGGCUAUGCAUCAACCAUGAUGCUCAUCGAUGACUCCCAGCAGGUGCUUCAAUGCGCCGUCGCCCUCAAUCCCAUUGUCAGCUUCGGCUAUCAUUAUUCCUUCUUUACCGAGCGCUAUAUCCCAUUGAAGGGAGAUUAUUUGCGAGCGUUACAGGAGGCGGAUCUGACUAUGAAGGCGGGUAACAUCAAGGGUCGCAAUCUGAUGUUGAUGCACGGCACGGCGGAUACGCUGGUACAUCAGGAGCAUACACUGAUGCUGGUACGUGCCCUUGUCGAUCAGCAGGUGAAGUUUCGUCAUCAGGUGUAUCCGGAUGAGGAUCAUGACAUUACCAGAUCGCUGAGUCAUGUGUAUAAGACCAUGGAAUGGUAUUUCGAUGAAUGCUUCGGUCCCGUCGAUGAUAACGAAUGGGAUCCCACGGGUUUAUUUGUGUUUAAACAAUAA